CGGCUCAUCAUCAGCAAGAAGAUCAAGUUAACCUCUUGUACAGGGGUCUUUUUUCAUUUCAGUAUCUUUCGUGGAGAGAAUCAUCACUGACAAAAACAAACAAACACCUCACAGCACAGUCGCCAGCUGCAGACAUGGAUGAAGAGACUCCACUGCUGCGAAACAGGUCAACACCAUCAGAAUCCAAGAUUAAAAACUCUGGGCUGUUCCUCGCCGUUUUCGCUGCAGUCUUGGGGAACUUCAACUUUGGUUACUCCCUCGUCUACCCGUCUCCCGUGCUGCCAAAUUUCCAGAGUCCUGAUGCCGACCCUCGCCUCAAGAUGGACACUGAGCAGGCCGCCUGGUUUGGAUCUAUCUACUCCCUCGGUGCGGCAGCCGGCGGGCUGGGGGCCAUGCUGCUCAAUGACAUGAUUGGACGGAAGCUGAGUAUCAUGACGUCAGCAGUACCCUCAACUAUUGGGUACAUGCUGAUGGGAGGAGCUAUAAACGUAUGGAUGCUCCAAGUGGGCCGUUUCCUAAAUGGAGUUGCCGGGGGGAUGACUGCAGCAUCCAUUCCUGUUUACAUCUCAGAGAUCUCACACAAAAAAGUGAGAGGAGCUCUUGGCUCCUGCCCUCAGAUCACAGCUGUGUUCGGGGCCCUGGCACUCUAUGCUCUUGGUCUGGUGGUACCAUGGCGGUGGCUGGCUGUGGCAGGGGAGGUGCCAGCUUUGCUGAUGGUUUUUCUGCUGGCGUUCAUGCCCUCCUCCCCCAGAAGGCUCCUCUCACUGGGCCGGGAGCAGCAUGCUGAGAGGGUUCUCCGCUGGCUCAGGGGAAGUCAGUAUGAUGUACAGUCUGAGCUCCUUGCUAUACAGCACAGCAUCAACACACAGCCAAAAAUCACAUGGUCGCAGCUGAGAACACCCACCUACUACAAGCCAAUCCUGAUCUCAGUGGUGAUGCGUUUCCUGCAGCAGAUGACGGGCAUCACACCAAUUCUGGUCUACCUGGAGCCCAUCUUUAAAAAGACCAACGUCCCCCUGGCACCCAAGUAUGACGCUGCCAUUGUGGGUUUGGUCCGCCUCUUUUCUGUGGCCAUGGCAGCUAUUUUGAUGGAUAAAGCAGGACGGAAAGCCCUGCUGUACACGUCGAGCAUGCUGAUGUUUGCGUCCACUCUGACUCUGACUAUGAUUUCCCACACCACACCUUGCCCUCCUGGCCCUGCUCCUCCAAACCAAACCACUCUGGACUUCACCUCCAAUAAUGACUUCGGAAGCGGCCCCCAAACUGCAGCGAGCUUGCUGCCUAUCAUUUGCACUGUGGUGUUUAUAUUUGGAUAUGCCAUAGGAUGGGGCCCAAUCACAUGGCUGCUAAUGUCAGAGGUGCUGCCACUGGCUGCCAGGGGUACGGCCUCAGGUUUGUGUGUCACCGUCAGUUGGGUGACGGCCUUCUGGCUCACACAUGCCUUCACACACAUGGUGGACAUCUACGGCCUGUAUGUGCCUUACCUGCUCUUCACGGUGGUUUGUGUUCUCUGCCUGCUCUUCAAUGCUGUGUGCAUCCCAGAGACUCGCAAACGCUCGCUGGAGGAAAUAGAGAACUACUUCAGGACAGGACGCAAUUUCACCAUCAGCCAGGCCAGCUGAGGCCUGCAUCAGUCUGGUCAAAAAAAGUUAUUCACAUGAUGUACUUCUAAAACAGGCACGGGGUCUUAUAAAAAUUAUUUGCAAGUUUAGGAGGUUCCAAUCAAUCAAUGUUAGGUGUUAGACUGAUUUCAGCUAGCUAAAAACAGUGAUCACCAGCUCAAGAAGAAGUUCUCUGUUCAGGACCUUCGUUAAAGGUUAGAGCAACGUGCUUUACAGAUGACUGACAGCUAUAUUUUUUCACAUAAUUACUUUAUCCUGUCUUUUAAUAACUUUUAUACACUAGUUGUUUAUAAUGAGUUUAUUCUGCAAAAUGUAUUUCUACCCUCAGUACAGAAAAUAUACCUCUGAUUGUCUGGGAAGUUUUAUAGAUUUAUAUAUGACAGACCUCUGGGACAGUUUGGGUCAAUGCAACCGCGGAUUUACACACAGGGCAGAAAACAAUGUGACCACCAUUGUGUGACACACACAAGCGAAACUACUGUAACAGAGGUUUAAACUGAGCAAAUACAGCUUUAAACUAAGCCUCCCUGAGUAAGUGGCCAGAUGAAAGCACAGCAGUUCAUUAUUAGGGUUUCAUUGUGAGGAACACCUACUUUUGUGUUCCCACCUCACUACAUAUUAUAUGCACUCAUUUUAAAAUGUACUGUAUCACUAUAAGUGAUGUAAAAGGGAAAAUAUACACCAACAAUAUGCACUC